AUGUCGUGGCGUAUCCCGACAUCUCUCCGGCCUCUCUUCACCUCGGUUUUCCUUCAUCUGCAGCCGUCGGCGGCAGCUGACAGUCGCUACCCGCUCGAGGCGUAUGAGUCCUUUGGGCAGCUGUUUUGCCGCACGCUGAAGGACAGAGCAAGGGAAGUGAUGGACCUGGCGCCUCUCGCCAUGGUGAGCCCCUGUGACUGCACCGUCUCUGUUGCCGGCGUUGUAUCGGGAGAUCGUGUUCCGCAAGUGAAGGGCGCAACGUACAGCCUCAAGGCCUUUCUCGGUGUUACACCGCAGGCGAGGGAAAAUCAUAAACUCAUGUACUGCGUGCUCCACUUGGCGCCACACCAUUACCACCACUUCCACGCGCCCUGCAACUUCUCGCAAACCGUCCGGAGGCACAUGCAUGGCGAGUGUCUCCCCGUCUUCAGAUCCUUCCUCUCCAGAUUCAAUGAUAUCUUCAGUGUGCAAGAGCGCGUAGUGCUCAGCGGUAGCUGGGCGGGUGGCAGCUUGCACCUCGGAGCUGUUGCCGCCUGCAAUGUCGGGAAUAUUCGCCUUGAAAAGGAACCCGAUCUGACGACCAAUCAAGACCGGGUGGUACUGAGACAUUUAGGCGGCGAUGUUGAGAUCAAAACUUUUAGAGACAAGCCACUAGACUUUGAGGUUGGCGCCCACGUGGGGGAGUUCCGACUUGGCAGCACAAUUGUCUUGGUAUUCGAGGCUCCACAGGACUUCGAGUUCUCCGUGGCCGCAGGAGAUAAAAUCGUGGCUGGAAGCAGGCUUGGGGGAGUGGGCCCACCCGUUGUAGCGAAGGAUGCGGAGAGCCGCAAGUUCCUUCACUACUAA